GAAACAGAGGUUAACAAGCCUGAUGUAAGGUUGGAAAGAGUCUAGUACUUUAAAUCUGUUUUUAAAGUGUUGUGUUGUGUCAACUCUUUCCCAGGAUAGAGUAAAGACAGGAAAUGAUCUGGAAGCAGAAAAAUGAGAAAGGAAAAAGUUUUAGAAUACUGUAGAAUACUCACAUCUUUACUUAAUCAAAAGGUAUCAGCACUUCUCUUUAUUUAGAACCUUAGGAAUGCCCCACGUGGCACAUCAGAAAAGCCCCAAAUAGAAUUUUGAAUUAUCCAUUGUUUUAGAUUAACUGUACCAAAAAAUCUCUUCCAUUAGCCAACAUGAUUGGAAAGUGACUGUGUUCUGCUUUUGGAUUCCCAUUCAGAGAUGUCUGCAUAUCAUGACUGAAUGCUGUCCCUGCACCUUUCCAGGCUGCGUUUCCUUUCACUCCUGUUUAUCUCUACAGAUUCUGACUGCCCUACCAUCCUCCAAGAAGCAGAAAUAUCCAUCAUUGAACACCAGCAUUGCGAAAUAAUCUACAACCCGGUAGGUUACCUACUACCACAAACAGAGCCAGUCAUCCAGGAAAGGAAGCCCUGUGCUGGUGAUCUUGAGAAAAGAAAGGAUACUUGCCAGGGUGAUUCUGGAGGGCCUCUGUCAUGUCAUAUUGAUGGUAUAUGGAUCCAGAUAGGGUUGUCAAGCGGGGGAACAGGAGGUGGUCUUUCUUUUCCUGGAGUCUACACCAAUGUGACCUACUACCCAAAAUGGAUUAUGUCCAUUAUCUCAAGAGCUGAGGUCUUGGAUGCCAACAAUCUGGACUUACCUGACUUCUUGCGCCCUACUGUACUGCUCUCUCUGGCUCUCCUGGGACCCUUCUGCGCCUUUGGGCCUAACAUUUUAGGGAGAGCAGGCAGUGUAACUGAAGCUGCUGGCCAAGUACAAGGCUGGGGGAAUGCGUGGAGAAGAAGCCCCAGGGGCAGAGAACUCACAAGGAGAGUCGCUGGGAACUCUGGAUGACUUCAUUAAAAUAAUGAGAAAUGAUUUUGUUUUU